AUGGCUUAUUGUGAUGCAGAUACAACAGGAGGGCCGUGGACUGUUAUACAGAACAGGCAAAUCGGUGGUGUGGAUUUUUUCCGGAACUGGAAUGAAUACAAAAAUGGGUUCGGUAAUUUAGACGGAGACUUUUGGAUAGGAAAUGAAAACAUUCAUAAGCUUACUGUUGAUCCGUGUGUGUUACGAGUCGAGUUAGAGGACUGGACAGGCUAUGCCCGCUAUGCUCAAUACACAUCCUUCCAGGUAGCAAGUGAAGCUAACAACUACCGCUUAUUUAUCAGUGGACAUUCCGGUAAUGUUUAUGACGCCUUCGCGUACCACAACGGAAAGGACUUCUGUACAGUAGACCGGGACAAUGAUGAAACAGCCAAGCUUGACUGCGCCCUGAUAUCUGACAGCGGCUGGUGGAUGAGUAAAUGUACUAAAUGUAAUCUCAACAGUAUACGUACCUCUAUCUUACCACCUAUCGGUAACAACAGGUUCAUAGAAUGGUUUGAAUAUAUACCAGGUGGGUCAUACGCUACAAUAAAAAACACUAAAAUGAUGUUAAGGAUAUGAAUGAAUUUGAAUAUCAUUGACAGUGUGUUUAGUUAACUUAAC